CCAAUCCGGCAGCUCCGUUUGGCGCACGAUCGCUGCAGUUGAUAAAUGGAGGAUCCGUGUUUGUCAAGGUAGUUUUGUUUACGCGGAAAUUUUCAUUCGGUAACAACUCUCCGCGCGUUUCGUUUGUGCUGAAGAGGUAGAUGAAGAAUAUUGUAACAUGUCUCGCAAUCAUAAGGACAAGUAUGAAAAUUCCAAACCAAGCCGUAUGUACACGCUCAUGUGUCCUGAAGAUUAUCAGUCAGGGAAGAAAUCUCAUUGGUCGGAGUUGGAGAUAACAGGCAGUAUAAGGAAUCUAAGUCCCAAUCUAUGGCAAAUGAUUCACUUGACUGCUUUGUAUUUGAACGACAAUAGUUUGCAAAGGCUACCACCUGAAAUCGGUCGUCUUGUCAACCUACGUAUCUUAGAUCUCAGCAGUAAUAAGCUGCGUAGUCUACCUGCUGAACUGGGGGACCUUAUCUACCUCAGGGAGUUGUUUUUGAACCAAAACUACCUUCGCGUGUUACCAUAUGAAUUAGGAAAGUUGUUCCAGUUACAAGUGCUUGGACUUCAAGGAAAUCCACUGAGUAAGGAUGUUAUGACGUUGUACGGGAAUGGAGAGCCAGCGGGAACAAACAAGCUGCUAACAUUUAUGCUGGACAACUUACAAGAUCCGGCGCGAUUCUUGCGAGAUGUUUCACGUGCAUUGACAUGUGUCCGAAAAAAUCGGGAAGUAUCCAGAAAUAUGCAUUCGUGCCAAGAAUUGUUUCGCGCUGGCGAAAAACAACAUCGGAUAGUAACGCGCGGUUUUGCUGCAUGA